GUUUUUACUAUCUUCCGGAAUAGAAAUUUUAAUCGACCCCAAAAAGAUAAAAAAGAAAAUUCUCUCUACGCGAAGGAACAAGGAACUAAAUUCACAACCGAUACUCGAUCCCUGUUGUUUAAUCAAAAGGAGGUGAAAUGUCGACGGCCGAUUUGAUACUGAGACCUGAGUGUGGCGGAUGUAAAACGACCAAGGAUUUAUACGGAAGCAAUUGCAAGCACUUGACUCUGUGCGACGACUGUGGCAAAAAAAUGGCUCUCAACCGCGCCAAGUGCAACGAGUGCGGCGCCGUCGUCACUCGCUUAAUUCGAGAAUAUAAUGUUCGAGCGAGUACUGUCAAUGACAAGAACUACUUCAUUGGGAGAUUUGUGACGGGGUUGCCGAGUUUUUCGAAGACGAAGAAUUCUGAAAAUAAAUGGUCUCUCCACAAGGAUGGACUGCAAGGACGUCAACUUAGUGAUGCUAUGCGGGAGAAGUACAAGAAUAAACCCUGGGUUUUGGAGGACGAAAGUGGCCGGUCUCAGUACCAGGGUCAUCUUGAAGGUGCACAGACUGCAACCUACUACUUGCUAAUAAAGCAUCCCUCUGGAAAGGAGUUUUCGGCAAUUCCUGCUGGUUCUUGGUUCAAUUUCAACAAGGUUGCACAGUACAAACAACUUACAUUGGAGGAAGCCGAAGAGAAGAUUAGUAAUAGGAAAAAGACUGCAGAUGGAUAUGAAAGAUGGAUGAUGAAAGCUGCAAAUAAUGGAGCUGCUUUAUUUGGUGAAGUGGAGAGGUUUGACAACGAUAAUGGUGUGGCUGGUGGGAAGGGACGAAAAAAGGCAGCUGCUGGUGGUGAUGAUGAAGAAGGAAAUGGUUCAGAUAGAGGAGAUGAGGAUGAUGAAGAAGAGUUGGAAAGGAAGAAAAGAUUGAACAAAAGAGGUGGUGACGGUGAUGGUGAUGAUGAUGAUGAAGGCGCAAGGGGAGGUGAUGCGGACAUGGAUGACGAUGAUAUCGAGAAGGGUGAUGACUGGGAGCACGAAGAAAUUUUCACUGAUGAUGAUGAAGCUGUUGGCAACAAUCCUGAGGAAAGGGAAGAUUUGGAACCAGAGAUUCCAGCUCCUCCAGAAAUUAAGCAGGAUGAUGAGGACGAGGAUGAAGAUGACAAAGAGGGUGGACUGAGCAAAUCAGGAAAAGAGUUGAAGAAGCUACUUGGGCGAAGUGGUGGGCUGAAUGAUUCAGAUGUGGAGGAUGACGACGACGAUGAUGAUGAUAUGGAUGAUGAUAUUGGCUUUCCUUCAGAGCUGGCUCCAAAGCAGAAGGAUGCACCCAAAGAGGAACCAUCUGACAACAGUCCCUCAAAACCAACACCUUCUGCGUCCAGUCGAGGAACUACAUCAACCUCCAAGUCCUCAAAGGGAAAGAGAAAAUCAAGUGGCGAUGAUGCUAAGGCAUCUAACAGUGCACCUCCCAAGAAGGUCAAGACUGAAAAUGAACAAAAAUCCAUCAAAGAGGAGCCUGUGUCUGUACCUGCUUCUAAAAGUAGUGCGCCUCCAAAAGGUACUCCGCCGGUGAAAACGGAGCCAUCAUCAUCUGGUGGACGCGUCACCGAGGAAGAAAUCAGGGCCGUGUUGAUGCAGAGAACACCACUUACCACGAAUGAUCUUGUUUCUAGAUUUAAGGGAAGACUCAAAUCGUCUGAGGAAAAGGCUGCUUUUUCGAGUAUUCUAAGGAGAAUUUCUAAGAUAAAGAAGGGCAACAACGGAACCAGCAGCUUUAUAGUACUGAAAGAACGAUGAUUGGAUCCCCCAAUACACUGAGGUGCCCUCUCUGAGGAAUUACGACUACUGUCUAGUGUAUUGAUCUUGUGUAUAAUUGAGAUUGUACGAUGCUAGCAUCAGUCGCUCGUGGGUGCAUGACUAGAAUGGUAGCCAUUGCUCUUUGUGGGCUCUCCAUAGAUCAAUGGCUAGAACAACACUGUGCUUAUAGGUCUAUUGUGCUUGUAAUUAUACUAAAUCGUCAGAAUUUGUAAUUUUCUUUCGUGUUUUUGGGAUAAUCGCUUCGUUGCUAACUCGAAAUGAAUUGAUUUAUAAUUUUAA